CAGAGUGGGUGUGGUCCCCCUGGUUCGAUUCAGAGCUAGAGGAUGGCUCCGACAACGAGACUUUUGGACGUAUCAGAGAGAUACCACUCGUCCGGAGCCCACUCUAGAGACCCCGCUCAACAUCAAUGGCGGCUUCAUCGCCAUGGCAGCCGGCCUUUCUGUCGUUGUCCCACUGAUCUGUGUUCUCAUCAUACAGCUAAGGAGGGCCAAGCGGGAGGAGAGGGAGAGGAGGGAGAGGGAGGCGAGUGGAGGGGAGGGAGGAAGUGGGGAGACUUCUGACAACGUCCAUGACCCACCUCCCUCGUACGAGCAGCUGUUUGGUCCGGGCUACGAGCACGAAUCAGGUCCGGUAACUUUUCACUCCAGACACAAUAGCACGGAGGUUUUGUUAGAGCAGGAUAGUGCGAGCUCAGCCAGUGGCCGGACUUUCCACGAUAUAGAGGAGGAGGAGGAUGGUUUGAGAACUGGUGGCGGGGCGGGCGAUGCUAGGAGAGUACCUCCAGCUGGCGCGACAUCGGAGGUCGGGAGUGGUGGGGAUGGAGAAGAUGGGGGAGAGGGUGGGGGUACGGAGGACACGCAGUUACAAGAUGGACGCGAACUGUCUUCAGAGCGACAGGGGAGAGUCAACCGUGCCUUCUCAACCACCUCGGUGGCCACUAUUUCUGGUUCAGAGGUCGCUGACCUUCCAGCUGCCUCCUCAGAGGUCAACUCUCCUCCUGACCUGGAGGUCAACCAAAGCUCUCAGGAAGUACCCCUUGGCGUCAUCAACCUGAACAGACAGACAUCAUCGUCAACCAACAACAGCCAUAGCAACCCGAGCACAUCUUCGUCUGAACAACAAACUCUGACGUCACCAGAAACGUCACCGUCACAUCCACAACAACAAACAACAACAGCAACAAGAAUAACAACUCCUUCAGAGUCCACAAGUGGCGACGAUCAAACUCCCUCGUCUUCCAACUCACCUCCUCCUCCUCCCUCCCAUCCUCCACCACCAUUCUCGGACUCUCCGCCUCCGUCUCCUCCACCUCCCCCCUCCCCUCCUCCCCAACCCUCCACCUCACGGCGCCGGUUCCCCGGCAUGCACAUCUCCAUCCAAGAGUUCUUCUCCUCCCUCUGGGGCUCCACAGACUCCGACGCUGACCCGCCCCCGCCCACGUAUGAAGAAGCGCUCAAAAUCCUGGAGAAAGCGAAACUAGACCAGGAGCAAGAACAUAAAUGACAGAUGGUGGUGACAUCUCUGUCUGUGGACAACCUCCCAGAAUCCUUAACCCCGAUUGGUUAACCACGUUCUAAAUCUAAAAGUGCUUGGUUUUAGAAUAACAUUAUAGUUGUAUACAGACGGAAUGUCUCAGGAUAUCCUCAUGUGGCAUUUUUGGACACUUCAUCGUGUGCAUCGUGUGGAAAGCUAAACCACACUCAAGCUAUCUCUUCUCAUGCCGUCACGUGACAUUGUUGCUGACGUAUGAGUUAUUAGUGAUGAACACACGAGUGUUUGGAGUCCCCCUCCCCACUCUACUGAGUCUGUCUCUGGUUCCGUCGUCGUCACAAACUCCAGGUCCGAUGAAAAACGUCUGGAGGGCGGUCAGCAAUUGUGUCUACGAACAGUGGUGCCUCAGUUUACAGUGUCCGGGUUUUCGAUGUCUUGAGUGGCUCAUGCUCGAUUCUCCUUUGACUUCGUUUUACAUUUUGAGUUUGAGUAAAAAAUUCACAGCACCUACAGCACAAAUAGGCCUAGAAAGUGUUAAAGAUCGAAGGUAUUAUAAGAGAAAACUGCAAAGAAUAGAAGGAGGAGAGAUGAGGACGUUGAAUAUUUGAAAGGAGAGAAGGAACAAACCACACCAGAGCUCCCGCCACCCACUUGUUUGAGUAACUUAAUCAGCCACGGUCAUUGUACCUGGGCAUGGUCUGAUAAAAGCGGAACCGGCCAGUGUAUCCCCACAGUUGAAGAUGGUACACGCUUUCAUUUAUAUUAUUACAUUCCAAGAGGUUCCACAUUCCAGGAAAAUAUACUGUGGUGUCUACAUAUGGACAAAAUCUAGUUUCUACGAGACCCAUAUCGAAGGACUAACAACCCAACAUGAUCCAGAAUCCACAUUCCACUAGAGAGCACAUUUAUGGAGGACUCACAUUCCCAAAGAAUCCAAUUUUCUACAGAAUUCACAUUCAAACAGAAAACAAAUUAUGUUGGGAGACUAACGUUCCACAGAGGACUGGUCAUUCAUGCAACCCUCUGACAUUCAUUCAAUGUUUAAGAACAGAAAAUUCAUUCGCCCAUUAAUCAAUUAUUGUUCAUAAAUUUAGGACUGGUCAUUCAUUCAAUCACCAAUCAUUCAAUCACAAAUUGAGGAAGAAUGAUCUAAUUAACCAUCAGUCAGUAAUUUAUAAAUGUACCCCGCCAUUCUAUUGUCCGAAAGUGCCUGCCUGGAAUGUGAAGGUCCUGCGUUCGGACCCCGCCCCAAGUCUUUCUUUGGCUACUGUUGUACUCGAGAAGCGAGAAACUGGAUCACUGAAUAGAUAUUGACUUGACUUUGUCAUAUCUAGUCUAGACCAAAAAGAAAACCCACAAAAAAA